CCCUUUUUUUUUUUUUGUUCUCUACCAAGAAGUUGUUGGUUAGAGCAAUGUCCUGGCAGUAAAUAGUGUAUCUCAGGAUUUGGGAAAAUGUGUUGCAUAAAAAUUCUGCUGUAAAAAUAGUGGUUAGGUUUCCAUUCUGUAAUAAAAAUGGUAAAUAAUGCCUUAGGUGUAUCUCAUUAACAUUUAUAUCGUUUUGACACUUUCAGACCAGAUCAUCAGAUGCUCAUUCCUCGGGAUCUUCAGAUGCACAUACGGAUGCAUCUGGACCCUCAGAUGGUGAUGUGCCAAGUCGUACACGGCCUAAGAGCCCGAGAAAACAUAAUUAUAGGAAUGAAAGUACCCGUGAAAGCGUUAAUGAUUCUUCUCAUCAGAAUCUCUCCAAACCUCUUCUAGAAAAUAAACUUAAAGCAUUCAGUAUUGGAAAGAUGAGUACAGCUAAACGAACUUUAAGUAAGAAGGAACAAGAGGAAUUAAAGAAAAAGGAGGAUGAAAAGGCAGCUGCUGAGAUUUAUGAAGAAUUCCUUGCUGCUUUUGAAGGAGGUGAUGGUAAUAAAGUAAAGACCUUUGUGCGAGGAGGUGUUGUUAAUGCAGCUAAAGAAGAACAUGAAACAGAUGAAAAAAGAGGUAAAAUUUAUAAGCCAUCUUCAAGAUUUGCAGAUCAGAAGAAUCCUCCAAAUCAGUCAUCCAAUGAAAGACCACCAUCACUUCUUGUAAUAGAAACCAAAAAACCUCCAUUGAAGAAGGGGGAGAAAGAAAAGAAAAAAAGCAAUUUGGAACUCUUCAAAGAAGAGUUGAAACAAAUUCAGGAAGAGCGUGAUGAGAGACAUAAAACAAAAGGCAGGUUAAGUCGAUUUGAGCCUCCUCAGUCAGAUUCGGAUGGUCAGCGUCGUUCUAUGGAUGCGCCUUCAAGAAGAAAUAGAUCAUCUGGUGUUCUUGAUGAUUAUGCUCCUGGCUCACAUGAUGUAGGCGAUCCAAGCACUACUAAUUUAUACCUUGGAAACAUUAAUCCACAGAUGAAUGAAGAAAUGCUGUGCCAAGAAUUUGGGAGAUUUGGACCAUUAGCCAGUGUGAAAAUUAUGUGGCCUAGAACUGAUGAAGAAAGAGCAAGAGAGAGAAAUUGUGGUUUUGUGGCUUUCAUGAAUAGAAGAGAUGCUGAAAGAGCUUUAAAAAAUUUAAAUGGAAAAAUGAUUAUGUCUUUUGAAAUGAAGUUAGGUUGGGGUAAAGCUGUACCUAUUCCUCCACAUCCAAUAUACAUUCCUCCUUCUAUGAUGGAACAUACGCUUCCCCCACCUCCUUCCGGACUGCCUUUUAACGCGCAACCUAGAGAACGGUUAAAAAACCCCAAUGCUCCCAUGUUACCACCACCCAAAAACAAGGAGGAUUUUGAGAAGACUCUGUCGCAAGCCAUAGUCAAAGUGGUUAUCCCAACAGAAAGGAAUUUGCUCGCUCUGAUACAUCGAAUGAUAGAGUUUGUUGUACGAGAAGGGCCGAUGUUUGAAGCUAUGAUUAUGAACAGAGAAAUCAACAAUCCUAUGUUCAGAUUCUUAUUUGAAAACCAGACACCAGCUCAUGUUUACUAUAGAUGGAAGCUUUAUUCUAUUCUGCAGGGAGAUUCACCUACUAAGUGGCGUACAGAAGAUUUUCGUAUGUUCAAAAAUGGAUCUUUUUGGAGGCCACCACCGUUAAAUCCCUACCUCCAUGGGAUGUCAGAAGAGCAAGAGCAAGAAGCGUUCGUGGAGGAGCCUAGUAAAAAGGGAGCACUUAAGGAAGAGCAGAGGGACAAAUUAGAAGAAAUCUUACGAGGAUUAACUCCAAGGAAAAAUGAUAUUGGAGAUGCAAUGGUUUUCUGUCUUAAUAAUGCUGAAGCUGCUGAAGAAAUAGUGGAUUGUAUUACUGAGUCAUUGUCCAUCUUAAAGACACCCCUUCCUAAAAAGAUUGCCAGAUUAUAUUUGGUUUCUGAUGUUUUGUACAACUCUUCAGCCAAAGUUGCCAAUGCUUCAUAUUAUAGAAAAUUUUUUGAAACAAAAUUGUGUCAGAUAUUUUCAGACCUCAAUGCUACCUAUCGUACAAUUCAAGGCCAUUUACAAUCUGAAAACUUUAAGCAACGAGUAAUGACCUGUUUCAGAGCGUGGGAGGAUUGGGCAAUAUACCCAGAACCAUUUUUGAUCAAACUACAGAAUAUUUUCUUAGGCCUUGUAAAUAUUAUUGAAGAAAAGGAAACGGAGGAUGUCCCAGAUGACCUUGAUGGUGCCCCCAUUGAGGAAGAACUUGAUGGUGCACCUCUGGAAGACGUGGAUGGAAUUCCUAUUGAUGCUGCUCCCAUUGAUGAUCUUGAUGGAGUUCCUAUAAAAAGUCUGGAUGAUGAUCUUGAUGGAGUGCCUUUGGAUGCAACUGAAGACUCAAAGAAGAAUGAGCCUAUAUUUAAAGUUGCCCCAUCAAAGUGGGAAGCUGUAGAUGAGUCUGAAUUGGAAGCACAGGCUGUAACAACUUCUAAAUGGGAGUUAUUUGACCAGCAUGACGAAUCAGAAGAAGAAGAAAAUCAAAAUCAAGAAGAGGAAAGUGAAGAUGAAGAAGAUACACAGAGCUCCAAAUCUGAAGACCAUCACCUGUACUCUAAUCCAAUCAAAGAAGAAAUGGCUGAAUCCAAGUUCUCUAAGUACUCUGAAAUGAGUGAAGAAAAGCGAGCUAAACUUCGUGAGAUUGAGCUUAAAGUUAUGAAGUUUCAGGAUGAAUUAGAAUCUGGAAAAAGACCUAAAAAACCAGGCCAGAGUUUUCAGGAGCAAGUGGAACACUACAGAGAUAAACUUCUACAACGAGAGAAAGAGAAAGAAUUAGAAAGAGAAAGAGAAAGAGACAAAAAGGAUAAAGAAAAAUUGGAAUCGCGAUCGAAAGAUAAGAAGGAAAAAGAUGAGUGUACUCCAACAAGGAAAGAAAGGAAAAGACGACACAGUGCAUCCCCCAGCCCGACUCGCAGUAGCAGUGGUAGACGAGUGAAAUCCCCAUCACCCAAAUCGGAGCGAUCAGAGAGAUCUCACAAAGAAAGCUCACGUUCCAGGUCAUCUCACAAAGAUUCUCCUAGAGAUGUUAGCAAAAAAGCCAAAAGGUCGCCAUCUGGUUCCAGGACACCUAAACGGUCUAGGCGAUCACGGUCUAGAUCCCCCAAAAAAUCAGGGAAGAAAUCCAGAUCUCAGUCCCGGUCUCCACACAGGUCUCAUAAAAAGUCCAAGAAAAACAAACACUGACAAAGUUUUUAAGAUGCUGUCACUAUUGGAAAUGCGAUUUUGUUUUGUGCCUGAAUGGUCUGGUUUUUUUAAAAAAAAAAAAAAAACCUACAAAAAAAGUCAAGUGGAAGAGCAUUCCUGGGGUUUUUGUUUGUGAAUGCAUGUGUAAACUCAUGAGUAACGCAUCUGUAGACAUGUCAUUGUUUUUUAUUGUAUAAAUUACUUUCAUUGUGGCUGUUUCUCAAGAUGAAAUUUUUAUUGUGCUAAGAAGUUUCAUCAGAAAUGUGUAUAAUGGGUCUGCCGGCAGUAGUAGUAUUUUGUUCUAGGAUGUUGUGACUUAGCAGAAAUAAUACAGAUGUCUUCCCCCCUUUUGUAGCUUUGACAAUUUGAAUUAGAUUUCAAAUAAAAUCUGAACAGAAAA